GAGAGAGCUGGUUCAACCAGAAGCAGGACCGCCUAUAUCAGAUAGAACAAGAGCCAUUCUGAGCCCUGGAAACCUGGAGUGGAAAUUUCCAGCUGCUCUCCACCACUGCAAGCCAUCGAUUAGGUGCAGAUCGUCCAGGGGAUGCUCAUCGGAGGACAGAGCCGGGGAUAUGUAAUGCGUCCCGGCACUGGAUAAAGCCUUUCUCGGACAGCACUGUCUUGGAGGUUCGUCGGGAUACUUUUACAUUGAUACAAAACAGGAAAAACGAACAAAAUGCCAUUAUUCAGCAAAUCACACAAGAAUCCUGCAGAAAUAGUGAAAACUCUGAAGGAAAACAUGGCCAUAUUAGAAAAGCAGGACAAGAAGACGGAGAAAGCUUCUGAAGAGGUGUCCAAGUCACUUCAAGCCACAAAGGAAAUUUUGUGCGGAACUGGAGACAAAGAGCCUCAGACGGAAACCGUGGCUCAGCUAGCCCAAGAGCUGUACAACAGUGGCCUGCUAGUGACCCUAAUUACCAACCUGCACCUCAUAGACUUUGAGGGUAAGAAGGAUGUGUCACAGAUAUUCAACAAUAUCUUGAGAAGACAGAUUGGCACACGCUUGCCCACAGUGGAGUAUAUCAGUUCCCAUCAACAUAUCCUCUUUGUGCUAUUGAAAGGGUAUGAAUCCCCUCAAGUGGCUUUGCAUUGUGGGAUAAUGCUUCGCGAGUGCGUCCGUCACGAGCCGCUUGCCAAAACCGUCCUGUACUCUGAGCAGUUUGAGGACUUCUUUAAAUAUGUGGAAAUGUCAACAUUCGACAUAGCUUCCGAUGCCUUUGCUACAUUUAAGGACUUGCUCACACGGCACAAGCUGAUAGUAGCUGAAUUUCUAGAGCAGAACUACGAUAGAAUAUUUAAUGACUAUGAAAAGCUUCUACACUCUGAGAACUAUGUAACUAAAAGGCAGUCAUUGAAGCUGCUGGGGGAGCUAAUCCUGGACCGACACAACUUUCCCAUCAUGACAAAGUACAUCAGCAAACCAGAAAAUCUGAAGCUGAUGAUGAAUCUGCUGAGAGACAAGAGCCCCAACAUCCAGUUUGAAGCGUUCCAUGUGUUUAAGGUAUUUGUAGCAAAUCCAAACAAAACGCAGCCCAUCGUGGACAUCCUGCUAAAAAACCAGACCAAGUUAAUUGAGUUCCUGAGCAGUUUCCAAAAGGAGAGGACGGAUGAUGAACAAUUCUCAGAUGAAAAGAACUACUUGAUCAAACAGAUCCGAGACUUGAAAAAACCCAGCCCAUGAUGAUCUCCCGCACUGCAUCCACCACCGAUCAUCUGAUUAAGUGUUUUACGGAAUUGUCAUGGCAUUGUCAGUGCCUACGUUUUUUGUUUCUGUUUAGUUUCUUAGCUGCCAAGAGUAUAAAGGUUUUAUAUUAAAACUUAAAAAAAUAUUUUCUUUAUAAUCAGUGGGUAUGUGAAAUUUACAGUUGGAUGCGAGAGGUCUCAUUGUCCUCACAAUCACUAGGGACGUUCACUAUGAUGAUGAGAAUCAGACGGAAGUAAUGAUUAUUAUUUAUCUAUAAUGUCACUUUAAACUUUCCAGUGUGCACAAUUAGAAGUAAUAAUGGCAUCCAUGCAGAACGUCCUGCAGGUAACAGCAUGGUAUAAUCGGGGGUUCUGCUGUAGACAAUCUUUUAUACACCGUUGUCAGUAGGACAGUUCUCUGAAUGUCCUCAGUAGCAGGCUCUCAGUAUAGUUACAAGAAUUGGAUCGUCUUUCCCCAUCGGUAACAGAAAUGUAAAAACUGCUCGGGGGUCUGUUAACACCAUGAUGAAAUAUCCGCCUCUUAAAAACUGAUUUUAGGUCCAAAAUUCUGUGUUGAUUAAUUUCAGAGUAUUCAUCUUUAGAGUAUAUACACAUGGGGCACAUACACCACAGAUUGGCCACCACGGAUUUAUAUGCAGCCAAUUUGCAGCAUAUUACAGUAGCAGAAAAAUGGGUGAGAAUUUAAGAAAUCUCCUCUACAUGCUGUGAAAAAAAAUCAGCAGCGUAAAUGAACCUAUCCGCAAUAAAAUUAUUCUGCGGAUUUGCACCACGAAUUUCAACCUAUGCAUUGUACGAGAUGAAAUCUGCAUCAAAAUAACACAUGUAGAUUUUGUCUAGGAUUCUGUGACUAUUUUACUACUCAAAUGCAUCAAAAACACAGCGCAGAUUCCACCCCAUGUGGUUGUACUCUUAUAGUGGUCGGAGCUCCAGCACUUCGAAUUUUUCUGCAUGGUUAUAGAUUUAAAAACUUCAUUAAGCUGCCACUAGAGGGAGUUUAGGAACCUACCACAUACAACCCCACGUUUGCUAAAGUGGGUGCGUCUAGAUUUUGGCAUAAUUUGCACCAAAAAGUUGCGUAAUUUGGUGCCUCUAGGUGUAUAGAAAGUUUUUGUGUCUAGUCCAAAAGGGGCCACAACUUCUUUAUUUUAAGCCACAAUUUUGGUGUAAAAUUCUGUCCAAAAAUGUCUAGACUUGUACCACAUUUAUAAUCCAACAUGACGCACUGUUACAUAUCUAGACCCCCUGUCUAAGUUUACCCUAUGUAUAGGAUUAGUAAAUCUGCCCCACGGUUUUAUUAUUGAGUCUAAUGUAUAAGCAGUAUGCAGUAAGCUCCUCUGCUCCCUCUAGUGGUGGCUGCCAGAUUGUUACUUUAUAAACCUAUGGGUAUAUUUGGAGCUCUGAUGGUGCUCCAGCCAGUGUAAAGGUAUAUUCUGAAAAUAACUGGCACACAUUCUGGACCUAUUUAGAUAAAGACAAAUGGUGUUUAAGGGUCAAAAUUCACUUUACAGCCUAUGAAUUUCAAUAUUGGACCUACUAGCCUACAGCAUUAUAGCUGCAUUUCUAAAUUCCCAUGGACUUCUGUAUACAUACAUGAAUGUCUUGCAUUGUCAUUGUAAAUUGAUUGUAAAACCUGACGAUGGUAGAUUGUAUAUACAACUAGCUGAAGGACCCGGCUUCGCACGGGUAUAUUUCAUCUAUUUAAUUUAAUGUUUGUGUAUGUCGUUAAAAGAUAUCGACAGUAUCCAUUAUAACAGUGACAUCUACAGUACUCCUCCC